CAGUUCCGGGUCCGCUCUGCCACAGGUCCGUGUGUCCUGGGGGUGAAACACAGGAAAUUACAUCCUGACCCGUCGGCUCAUGCGCACUUACUGUCUGGCUGCAUUGAAUCGUGGGAAACAUAAUCUUGAUCCAUUCAAAUGCACAGAAGAAGUUCAUUUCUCGCAAUUCAAUAUGAUUCCAAUGCUUGCCGCAAUUGUGCUAAUGUUUUAAAAACACAAGUUCACAGUAAGAAUGUCUGCUCCAACAGCAGAGGAGAGGAAGGCCUGCUGGGGAGCAAGGGAUCAGUACUGGCAGUGUCUGGACAAACAGGACAAAGAUUCUUCAGAGUGUCAGAAGUUUAGAAAAGAAUUUGAAGGCAGCUGCCCUCAGCAAUGGAUAAAGUAUUUUGACAAAAGAAGAGACUUUUUGAAGUAUAAAGAAAAACUGCAAACAGAAGGAUUCCAGCCACAGGAGAGCACCACAAAGCUAUAACUCUCUGCUGAAAACAAUGUCGAAAUGACGUGAAGAAAAGAAUUGAAACUUUCUGCUUGUUGUGUGUUCGAUCAUGACUAUACACAGAAACUGAAAUACAAGUCCUCUUUAUUUAGAUAAUAAAUUAAGUCGCUGUAA